UUCCCUCGCGAUUUCUGGUUCACGCUGUGUUGUAGUCAUUUGGAAACUGGGGGCGAAGACGCCAUAAUCCGUCCGUGGUUCUGGAUCUUGACCUUUUUCACAGGUCUUGUCGCGACUACUUUGACCUCCGGACGGUACUUCUUUGUUGUGCUACGACUACUCGCACAAGUGCAGAGCACACUCACGCAGCUCAUCUUCGAGCAUGCGCUGCGCAUCAGGCUGAAGGCGGAC